AGACACAGGCCUGAAAGAAGGUCUUCAGAGAAUCUAGAGAGCACGGUUCACAGAGUCACCCACCUCCGCCAGGCCAGCAGCAUCUAUGAGGUCCCCAAUGGCCCCACCCCUGUCCUUACUUCUGGCCCUGGUGCUGCUCACCUGCAACUCCAUCUGCUCUCUGGGCUGUGACCUGCCUCUGACCCACAGCCUGGCUAACAGGAGGGCCCUGAUGCUCCUGCAACAAAUGAGGAGAAUCUCCACUUCCUCCUGCCUGCAGGACAGAAAUGACUUUGGAUUCCCCAAGGAGGCACUUGCUGGUAACCAGUUUCAGAAAGCUCAAGCCAUCUCUGUCCUCCAUGAGAUGAUCCAGCAGACCUUCCAGCUCUUCAGCACAGAGGACUCAGCUGCUGCUUGGAAUGAGACCCUGCUGGACAAGUUCUGCACUGCACUUUAUCAGCAGCUCACUGACCUGCAAGGCUGUCUGAUGCAGGAGGAGGGGCUGGAAGGGACUCCCCUGAUGAAGGAGGAGUCCACCCUGGCUGUGAGGAAAUACUUCCACAGAAUCACUCUCUAUCUGCAAGAGAAGAAACACAGCCCUUGUGCCUGGGAGAUCGUCAGAGCAGAAGUCAUGAGAUCCUUCUCUUCCUCGGCCAACUUGCAAGAAAGACUCAGGAGGAAGGAAUGA